AUGGAAUUGGCCGCGCGACAAAUUUGGGACCCUAAGCCGGGAACAAUCCAUUGUCGAGAUUUGGUCAAUUAUGCAAAAGAUGGCAUUUAUGCCAAGGAUUUAAUCUCAGAUUACGUCCAAGGCGUUCUUAUCUUGGCAAAGGAAACCAAGACUGUGCUUGUUUGGGAGGCAGGGCUCUUUCAAUGGCCGUUUGUUAGGGGAAUGAAAGUUCGAAAGGGCAUCCCACAUUUAGGCCACCCAUUCACAGAUCCCGAUGGCAAAAUAAUGCGAUAUGAUGGUCGUUUAUUGUAUGGCAAUAGGGGUGACGCUAUCGAUACCGCGGAAAACAUUUCAUAA